CAAAACCCUUCCAUCAUAGAAGUUACAACAAUCAACGACGCGACACGCUAAGAUCUCCAACUACAACCAUGGCUUCAUCUUUCACGCUUAUGAGUUUGAAUCCAUACUCGAGUUUCAGAUCAGCAUCUAAUGGAGAAAUCAAUAGCGCGAAGAAGAUCAUGAUCAAGAUGAACAUGAUUAUGCCUUCUUCGAAGGACGGCACUCGUUCGAAGGCGAUGAAAUUUAAGGGCACACAGAUGAGAGAGAAGAAACUGACGGAGAUGAUUGAGCAGAAGGUGGUGGAGGCGAAUCAAGUCUGCGGCGAGGACGAGACCUCCGACGAGUGUAAGGUGGCGUGGGACGAAGUGGAAGAAAUCAGCCAAGCGAAGGCCGAUCUCCGCCUCAAGCUCGAGAAAUUACAGCAAGAUCCACUCGAGUCUUUCUGCCAGGAGAAUCCCGAGACUGAUGAGUGCCGGAUUUAUGAAGAUUGAUUAUUGGUGUAACCCUAAUUACAGAAUUGCUAAAUUCCCAAUUACUCUUAGGAGUGGAUGCAUGGGUGGUUGUUCGUUGUGUAUUAUAAAUUGUACUGCUGUAAUGCAAUCAACCUUAUGAUAAAUUACUGAAGUGCAGUUUGCUACUAUCGAGUAAAAUUAUUAAUAA